GGAUUUUUUUUCGGUAAUCGACAGUCCUUUCGGAUUUAUUUGUCCGAAAUAUAGAUUCAAUAUAUCGCGACUAUCAGAUACUACGAGCUUAAAGACCGACGCAUUUCUCUUAUAAAAAGGCCAGGGAGAAGCUUGAGGAUCACUGGAACCCCAUAUCAUAUGCCAAGCACCAUGGCAGAACAAACAAUGGAGCUUCCACCUUUCAGACCCACGGGAACAAGCUUUCUCAAAACUUGUUUUAAUGGCUUAAAUGCUUUAUCAGGAAUCGGCAUAAUAACACUUCCCUACACACUCUCCCAAGCUGGGUGGCUAGGCCUGGCUCUCCUCUCUACCAUGGCAGCAGUCACCUGCUACACCGGCCUCCUCCUACAGCGGUGCAUCGAAUCCGACCAGUUGAGCAAGACCUAUCCCGAAGUGGGCUUCAGUGCAUUCGAUCGUAAAGGACUUGUCAUCAUAUCGGUCUUCAUGUACCUGGAGCUGUACCUGGUCCCUACUGGGUUCCUGAUAAUGGAGGGUGACAACCUCCACAAGUUGUUUCCAGACGUCGGGUUUCAGCUCGGCACUCACGAGAUCGGAGGUAGACAGUUCUUCAUCGUGAUGGCGGGGCUUGUAGUGUUGCCCUCCAUGUGGCUCAAGGACUUGAGCAAGCUCUCUUGCGUAUCCGCUUGCGGGGUGGUGUCCUCUUUGGUCGUCAUGGGCUCAAUCUUCUGGGUUGGAGAGUUCGAUGGAGUUGGGUUUCGUGGUAAAGGAACCGUAUUAUUCGAUUUGAGCGGAGUCCCGAAAGCCCUUAGCUUGUAUGCCUUUUGCUAUGGUGCUCAUCCGGUCUUCCCAACUUUGUACUCCUCCAUGAAGGACAAGAGCAAGUUCUCCAAGGUUUUAUUCAUCAGCUUCGGCCUAAGCACGCUCAGCUACAUAUCAGUGGCGGGCAUGGGGUACUCGAUGUUUGGGCGGGAUACGCUCUCACAGGUGACGCUCAACCUACCCGGAGGCAAGAUCAGCUCGAAAAUAGCCAUAUACACCGCAAUGGCCGGCCCGAUCGCGAAGUACGCUCUUAUAAUAACGCCUAUUGCGGAAGCCAUUGAAGGGAGCUUGCCAAGCCCAUACAACAAUAGGCCCACUUGCAUCCUCCUGAGGACUUUGCUGCUGAUCAGUACGGUCAUAGUUGCCCUCCUUUUCCCUUUCUUCGGGCCACUCAUGGCCCUGGUCGGGGCUGCUCUUAACGUCACGGUCUCGAUUUUGUUCCCAUGCGCGUGUUACCUGAAGAUCUCCAAGGCAUAUCAACGGUGGAGACUCGAGACCGUGGUCAUAUUCGGGAUUAUCGUUUUCGGGUUCUCGAUUGGAGUCUUGGGAACAUAUUCAUCUCUCAAAGGGAUCGUAAAGCAUGCUAAUUAACUCUUUAAGUUUAUGGGAGCUAGCUCUAGAUAUAUGUGUGAUCGAUAAAUUAUCCAAAAAAAAAAGUGUAGUCGAUAUAGGAACAUACUCAUUCAAAUCUCUAUGCAAGGUAAUAAAAUCCGCAAAAUUUAUUGAAAACAUGUUUAAGACAUUAUAUAACAGUCUUUUAAUUGCUCGGA